CGGCCGGUGACGCGCCGGGCCCGGCCCGCUCGGGGCGGCGGCGGGGCCGGUCCCGGCGGCGGCGGCGGCGGCCGGUGCGCGGCGCGGCGAUGCCGUUCCCCGGCGGGCUCUGGUGGCUGCUGUGCUGCCGGCAGGGCUUCACGCUGCUGCGGCGCGACUACGGCGAGGCGGACCGGGAGGCGGACGGCGAGGCCGAGGAGGAGGCGUCCUUCGAGCUCCGCGCGCAGGGCGACCAGGGGUCCCUGGAGGUGAGCCUCAGCCAGCCCACCCGCACCAGCAGCGGCUCCGAGCGGUCGCUGCUGGUGUCGGAGGAGAUGCGCAGCCUCAUCGUGGAGAAGGGGCCGGGGCCGGCGGAGGAUGACCCCGACGCUCUGGUGAAAGGCUGGCUGCAGCGGGAGGUGCGGGGCGGCGCGAAGACCCCCUGGAUCCGGCCGCGGAAGUACUGGUUCGUGCUGACGCCCGACUCGCUGGACUACUACAGCAGCAGCGAGAGGGGGGCCAAGCGGCUGGGCUCCCUGGUGCUCACCAGCCUCUGCUCCGUGCUCUGGCCGGACAAGCAGACCUACAAGGAGACGGGCUACUGGAGCGUGACGGUGUUCGGCAGGAAGCACUGCUACCGCCUGUACGCGGAGCGCCUCAACGAGGCCGUGCACUGGGUGUGCGCCGUGCAGAAGGUCAUCGACAGCAAGGCCCCGGUGCAGACGCCCACCCAGCUGCUCAUGCGGGACGUCGAGGAGCACGGCGGCAGCCCCGAGGCGCUGGAGCAGAUCUACCGCUGCAACCCGAUCCUGCGCUACACCGGCAGCCCUCUCUACGCGCCCCUGCUGCCCUUCCCCUACGGCAGCCCGGAGCCGCGCGCCCCCGGCGCCCGCGGCUACGCGACGCUGCGCGACGAGGCCGUGAAGCUCUUCAACUCCCUGCAGCAGCUGGAGGCGGAGCGGGACCCGGCGCCGCUGAUCCAGGGCGUGCUGCAGACCUGCCUGGACCUGCCGCCGCUGGUGGACGAGGUCUACUGCCAGCUGGUGAAGCAGACGACGGAGCCGCCGGCGCCGGGCGGCCAGGGCGACCUGCGCUACUGGCAGCUGCUGACGUGCAUGAGCUGCACGUUCCUGCCGUCGCCGCCCGUGCUGCGCUUCCUGCGCUCCCACCUGCACAGGACGGAGGGCCGGCGCCCGGCCUCGGAGGUGGCCCAGUACGCCGGCUUCAUCCGGGCGGCGCUGGGCAAGACGACGGGGCGGGAGUGCGUGCCCUCCCUGGAGGAGAUCCUGGUGCUGACGCGGCGGCAGGAGAUGGUCUGCACCGUGCACUGCCCCGGGGCGGCCGCCUGCCGCGUGGCCAUCAGCUCCCACACCACCGCCGCCGAGGUGGCCCGGGAGCUGGUGUCGCGGCUGGGGCUGUCGCGCAGCCCCAACCUCUUCGCGCUCUACGAGCAGUCGCGGCUGCGGGAGCAGCCCGUGGGCAGCGCCACGCUGCUGGCCGACGUCCUCACCAGGUUUGAAAACCUGGCCGGGGAGGAGCGGGAGCAGGACGCGCCGUGCCGGCUCUGCUUCAAGCACUACGGCUUCCUGGACACGGAGAACGUCCCGCGCGACAGCCUGGAGUUCGCGCUGCUCUUCGAGCAGGCGCACGAGAUGGUGCUGCGGGGGCAGGUGCCCGCCUCGGAGGAGACGCUGCAGACGCUGGCGGCCCUGCGCCUGCAGAGCCUCAACGGCGACUUCUCCACCCACGCGCCCUGCCCGCGCCUGGAGGAGCUCUUCCCGGCCGCGGCCCUGCGCGCCCGUCUGCGGGCCGCCCGCCCCCCGCCGCCCCCCGCCCCGGCCCGCCGCCCCGGGGCCCGGCUGCGCGCGGGGCUGCUGGCCGGGGGGCUCUGGGGCCAGGCGCUGGCCAAGCAGCGCGCCGAGCGGGACCAGCGGCUGCGGGGCCGCCUGCGCGAGGAGGGGGCCGCCGUCAUGGCCGCCGUCGUGGAGAGGUGGAAGCUGCUGCAGGGCAUGGGCCGGCCCGAGGCCGUGGCCGCCUACGUGGCCCUGGUGCGCGAGUGGCCCGGCUUCGGCUCCACGCUCUUCGACGUGGAGCUGCGCGCGGUGAGCGGGGGGCGCGGGGGCCGGGGCGCGGGGGCCGGGGCCGCCCUGACGCCCCCCCUCUCCCCGCAGGGCCCGCCGGCGGCCGCCCAGCGCCUGUGGCUGGCCGUGGGGGCCGAGGCCGUGUCGCUCUACCGGCCGGGCGAGCCCGAGCCCCUGGACCGCUUCUGCUACGGCCGCAUCUCCUCCUUCGGCGCCUCGGACGGCAGCACCUUCCGCCUCUCCCUGGAGGACCGCGACCUGCUCUUCGAGACCCCCCAGGUGGAGGAGAUCGCCCAGCUCCUCAGCACCUACCUGGCCACGCGGGGCGCCCGGCGCCCACCCCGCGCCGAGGAGCCGGCCGGCGGCCCCCCAGGCUCACCCACCCCGCGUCCCGCGGCCGAGCCCUGGCCGUGCCGGCCGCCCCCGGGCGCCUUCCUCAGCUAGCUCGGCGCGGCCGCGGCGGGAGGCUCCGCGCGGACGGAUGGACAGACGGACGGCCUGCCUGGCCCGGGCGCCGCCAGCUCCGGCGGGCGGGGGGGAGCCACCGGCCCGGCUCGCGCUCCCCCUCGGCCCUCUCCUUC